ACGAUAGCACACAUCUACCACAUUGCAACGCCUGUUGUGGGCGAGGGCCAGCGCGCGGACAGUGAGUGAACAGAAAAUCCCUCAUGGAAACCAGAACGACGAACUCGUUCGAAUCUCAGUCAAUGGCCGCUGCGACUGAGUCUACGCCCGCCGCUGUGCAAGCAGCAGACCAAGGAAUCGAGGCCAUCAAAGAUAUCACCUACGGAUCAAUUGCUGGCAUAGUCGGCAAGUUCGUUGAGUACCCAUUCGAUACAGUCAAAGUUCGGCUUCAGUCUCAACCUGACCACUUGCCUCUACGUUAUACUGGACCACUUGAGUGCUUCAAACAAAGCUUUGCCGAAGACGGAUUUCGCAGCCUCUAUCGUGGGAUUAGCGCACCGUUGGUCGGUGCAGCCGCCGAGAAUGCGUCUCUGUUCCUGGCAUACCGUUUAGCACAAGACUUGCUUAAGGUGACGGUGUUGUCACACCACACUGGAGACAAGCUGCCACUCGGUGGUCUAGUGACAGCCGGAGCCAUAUCCGGGGGCAUAACAUCACUCGUUCUGACUCCAAUCGAGCUGGUGAAGUGCAGGAUGCAGGUUCCUCUGCAGUCGGUUGUUGACCCAGGACUCGGCCCACGAGCUGGGCUCGCGACGAAAUCCCUGGGUCCUCUGGCUGUAAUGUCAGAAAUCUACAGAAGAGAAGGAUUGAAAGGUUUCUGGCGUGGACAACUCGGCACUUUUCUCAGAGAGACAGGAGGCGGUGCUGCAUGGUUCGGCAGCUACGAGACACUGUCGUCAUAUUUUAAGUCGCAGUCAAAAGAUACCAAGGCAGACGGCAUAGCGGUGUGGCAGUCCAUGGUGUCUGGAGCCAUCGCGGGCAUGGCCUAUAACUUCAUGUUCUUUCCUGCGGACACAAUCAAGAGCAAGAUUCAGACUGGGGAGUUGACCAACGUGCGGCCAAUAUUCACUGCCGUCGGGCGAGAGCUAUACGCUGCACAUGGUCUGAAAGGUCUUUAUCGAGGCUGCGGCAUUACCGUCGCAAGAAGCGCUCCCAGCUCCGCACUAAUAUUCACGAUUUAUGAAGGCUUGAGGAAGAGCUUUGGAUAG